AUGCGAUCUCAAGAAAGUCAAAAGGAAGAGUUCACAGCCAAUAUUAAUUCGCCGCCACUGCAAUCAUACCUGGAAACCAUUGGAAAAGAGCAAAAGAAAAGAAGGAAAAGAGGGCACAGAUCAUACAGUUAUACAUGGGUGGUAAAGGAUUUUCAAGACCUGCAUGCCGAUAAGACAAAGAAAUACAUUUUUAGUGAUUCACGACUAUCAACUAGUGCCGAUAUUGAUCAAGAUGAAGGCAACACCGAAGACAACUAUGAGAAAUCCGAUUUAUCGACAAAAGAAAAGCCGACCAAUCAACCACAACUUGAAUAUAAAUGGCGUCUACUUCUUUAUCCACACGGGAACCGUAAAGAUGUCAACACUCACAUCUCACUUUACCUGGCACCAGCCCAGAGUCUCUAUGAACGACAAAACUGCUUAGAAACUAGAAUAGCGAAGUGGAGAUUUGAAUUAUUCCGCAUUAAUGAAGAACAGGGUAGUCAAAUUAUGGGUCUAACGAAAUUGGAUUGUCAUCAGGAUGUGAUUCAAGAGAAAUUCACAUUCGCUUCCCGCGAACCAAAUUGGGGCAUCGUGAAAUUUUGCGAUCUCAAAAAUAUAUUCACCAACUUUAAUCCUCAAGAUCUCGAGAAUCCUCCGAUGCCCACGGAAAAAGUUAACCUCGCGUUUCGGGUUCACUUCCUCGACGAGCAAUCCCAUUUUACCACCACCGACAACAGCAUAGACAAUAUUAAAAUCGAUACGUUAUUGAGAUUGGGUCCUUCCUUGAGUAAUUUCUUUAAUAAUGAAAGAUUAAGCGACAUAGAAUUUACCUUUAGCGAUACCACAGAAAAAUUGAGGGCUUCAAAGAUCGUUUUGGCCUCGAGGUCCGAUUAUUUUAACAGAAUGUUUAAUGGUCAUUGGAUAGAAUCCAAUACGAAUCAAAUCCAUGUCAAAGAUGUCAGCCACAACGUCUUUAGAAUCAUCAUCUAUUUUCUUUACACUGGACACGUCGAUGAGAACUUGGAUUUUGACGUGCUCAAGAAUGUUUACUACGAAGCCGACAUGAGGGAAAUUACGGAAUUAUCGAGAAUGGCCAGUGUUCUGUUGGUUAGGCUGGUGAAUAAUACCAACUGGGACGAAAUGCUGAUGUUGGGAUGGGAGACUGGUAAUUCUCAGUUGUCCGAGCAAGGAUUGAUGUAUGUGAAAAGCCACUGGCCGGAAUUGAAGAAUACGGAAAAGAUGAGAGAAUUGAAGAAAGGCGUCGAUGCUCAAUUUAUCAAAGAGUUGGAAUCAUGCGGUGACGGAUUGUAA